UCCUCCCAUUAUUCUAUGGGCAGUCGAGCUUUUUCCCAUGACAGUAUUUUUAUACCUGAUGGGAGAACAGAGAGUGAACAGGCCAUCCAAGCAAUGUCACAGGAGAACGUUUUAGGAAAAGUCAAAACCCUUCAGCAACAGUUGGCCAAGAAUAUAAAAUUUGGGCAGCCUCCACAAAUGACAAUUUCUGUGAGGACAAUGGGGGAGGCAAACACUAGUAUAGAAGAGGAUGUGUUGCUCAGUAGCCCCAUGGAGACUGAGACUCAGCAAGACACAGUGAUCUCAGACAGUGGUAAUAAAUCCAAUGACACUCCGGAUUUGUUGAGAACAAUGAAUUUGCCUGGAACAGGACAUGAAGUGGAAGAAAAGGUCACUCCAGUCAAAUCAUCUCGGCCAAAAAGACAAUUUUCCUGUUCUGGCACAAUUGAAACAAUCAAUCUGGAUGCAGUUCCCCAGGCUGUUGCUCGUCUAGACAACAGUGCAGCUAAACACAAGCUGUCGGUGAAGCCAAAAAAGCAGAGGAUGUCAAGAAAGCACAAGAGAUUAACAAAGGGAUCACAAAGUUUAACAAUAACAGAAUUUGAGCCAGAGGACCUAGAAACUGAGCUGUAUGGAGACAGAUACCCAGGUUAUAAUGGACACAUCAUAGCAGACAAGCUAAUCCAGAACAGAGAUGAGCAGAAGCGGCUUCAGCUGGCAGAGGAGAAAAGAAUUGAAGAUCACUGGGGGAUCUUUGAGGCCGAAAGGAUAAGGCAGAUUGUAGAAAUGGAAGAACAAAGAGAAAUGGAAGAACAAAGGUGCCAAGAACUUGAGCAGAUGCAGAAAGAGCAGGAGAGAAGGCGUUGUGAAGAAGAGAGGAGGCAGUAUCUCCUUGAAGGAGAGACAUCUUUGAAAAUAGAAGAGCAAACAUGCCAUAAAGAGGAGAGCAAACUGCUGGAGGCUGAAAAGAGGCAAGAGCUGGAGGAGCAGAGGUGCCAGGAACUGGAGAAGCAGAGGCAGAAGGAGUUGGAGGAGCAACAGGGACAAGAGCUGGAGGAGCAGAAGCGUCAGGAAGAAGAGGAGCAACGGGGACAAGAGCUGGAGGAGCAGAAGCACCAGCAAUGGGAAGAGCAACAGAGACGAGAGCUGGAGGAGCAAAAGCUCCAGGAAUGGCAGGAGCAACAGAGACGAGAGCUGGAGGAGCAAAAGCGCCAGGAACAGGAGGAGCAACAGAGACAAGAGCUGGAGGAGCAGAAGCACCGGGAACGGGAAGAGCAGAGAUGUCAGGAACUGGAGGAGCAGAAGCAUCAGGAAUGGGAAGAGCAGAGGCACGAGGAGCUGGAGGAGAAACAGAGACGAGAGCUGGAGGAGCAGAAGAGGCUAGAGAUGGAAGAAUUAAGGCAACAUGAGAUUGAAAAACAGUGUCAAAAGGAAGAAGAAGGAAAUUGGCUGGAGGAACAAAAAGAACUCAAGGAACAAAAUAAAGAAGAAAAACAGAGACGAGAGCUAGAAGAGAAAGAGCUUCAAGAAGCUGAAAUAAAACUGAAGCAGGAGAAAGAAGCUGAGCGCCUCAAACAACAGAAGAAACAGGAGGAACAAAGGCAGCAUUUGAAGGAGAAAGGAGAAAAGAUGGAGAAGGAACAACCCCAGCAAGUAGCAGAUAAGAAAAAGAAAAGGGAAGAGCAGAGAAAACACAAGCUCACAAAACAAAUGCACAUGGAGAGUGCAGACGGUGUGCAACAAGAUGAACUGAAGCAGCAAAAGGAACAAAAUGAACAAGAAUUGAACAAGCUGGAAGAGCAAAAGGUAGACACAGAAGGACAAAAUCUUCAGCAAAACCAACAAGAAAAAUCCUUGGAACAGCAACAGGACAAGGAUCAGCUGUGUUCUGGAGGGCCUGAUAGGCAUCUGGUAGAGGAGAAGCUCCAAGAAGGAUCAAGGUCCCAAAAACUCAAACAGCCAGAAAAAGGGAAUAAAGCAGCAGAAGAAGUCCUAGCCCAGAAACUGAAGAGAGAAGCUGAGGCUCAGGAACAAAAGCGAAUAGGGGAAGAACUUCGGUGGCAGGAGGUAGAUGAAAGACAAACUGCAUCCAGACCCUUCACAUUUCAAGUGUCUUCUGGAGAUAAACAAAUCAUAUUUCAGAAAGUAAAUCUGAGUCCAGUCAUGCCCGUUAAAGGAGCAGGACUCUCUUCUCCAUCCAUCAAAGACUGCAGGAUGCACACUGCCAGCAAGGGCUCUCAUACACUCCCAUCAUCUGUAUGUGUACCCCAUACAGCUAUUUUGGUUACUGGAGCACAGCUGUGUGGCACAGCAGUGAACUUGAACCAGAUAAAGGACACGGCUUGUAAAUCAUUACUUGGCUUAACAGAAGAGAGAAAAAAUGUGGAUAUUCCUUCACCAGAGAAGGCCCAGAAAAAAACCCAGGAUCCCAAACCCAGCAGCAGUAAAAUGAAAUACGCACAAGAGACAUCGAACAACCAGGCCGUACUAGCUGAGUGGGCCUCUAUCCGCUCCAGAAUCCUAAAGAACGCAGAAAACAGCAAAUAUAACGAGAGAGACCGAGUAAGUGUCUGCAGACACAGUGACGACUGGACACCCCGAGGACGGGGUGCUCCCCAUGGCAACUUGAGGAAAACCCUCUCUGCAAAUGCAAAGUUCUCGAUAACACCAGCAUGGCAGAAAUUUUCAGAAGCUUCAAAAACCAAUUCAGACACUGAGAAUAUAAGUGCGGCAAAAGGCAAUGAACCAGUGGCUGUGGGAAGAAUCACUGGCUCAUCCGCUGUUUCGAAGGAGGAUGUGGCUUCCACUUUUAAGGAUAACUUAGCUGAAAAGGCUAAGGAGAAAAUGGAAACCCAUAGUGAAAUGACAGACAACACAGAAGGCUGUAAAUUUGCAAAAGAUCUUCCAUCUUUCCUUGUUCCAAGUUUUCCUCAUUCUCCGGGUAAAGAAUUACCCCAGGCAGAACUUCCUGGUGCUCUGGAAAAUCAGCAGAAUAACAGCACAAAAAAAGCAGAUAAACCAGCACCAAACGGAGAAGAAAAUGUUUCUCCUUUUGGGAUAAAGUUACGAAGGACAAACUACUCUUUACGUUUCCAUUACGAUCAACAGGCAGAGCAAAGGAAAAAGAAGAGAUACAGUGCAGGAGAUAGUUUUGAUGGUGUGCCUGACCCACUAGUUACGACAGAAGGUGAGAAAGAAUCCGCUGGUUUUGCUCCACAAGAGAGUACCUCCCCUGGCAUGGGGAGAGUGAACAUCCCUGGUAAUGUAAAAGACUCUUCAGUUACUGUGGUGGAGAUUUCACAACCAGCGGGCACACCAGUGGUCCUACCAGCCACCGGCCAGAGUGCUUUACCCCCUCGUGAGAAACCAGCAUGCAAGUCACUGGUCCCACAGAAACCUGCUUUAGCUCCAAAGCCCACCAGCCAGACGCCACCGUCGUCUCCUCUCUCUAAAAUGAACAGAUCAAACCUAGCUGAUAUGCUAGGGCAAAGGUUGGUUAAAGCUGAAUCAGAUGGUGGCUGGAGAAAAGACGACAGAGCAAAUGCAGUGCACCCCACACCAUCCAAUGAGUACAAAAAUGAAGAGGAAGAAAUCAGAGAAAAGAAGUCAUUUUUCCCAUCGAUAAGUAUUCCAUGGAGAGAAAAAAAUGACAAAAAGCCUGAGCCACUGAAGAAAGAAAAGCCACUCCUCCAGAGCAGGCACUCUUUAGAUGGCUCUAAAUUGAUGGAAAAAGUUGAAACUUCACAACCACUUUGGAUUACAUUAGCGCUGCAAAAGCAAAAGGGAUUUCGUGAGCAGCAAGCUACGAGGGAAGAGAGGAGACAAGCCAGAGAGGCAAAGCAAGCAGAGAAGCUCGCUAAAGAAAAUGCUGCUGUAAGUAAUCAGUCAGAUAACAAAAGUGGCAGCAGCAAAACAAGCACACUGCAGAAAUCUACAACUCAAGAAGAGGAGAAGAAAAUUGAGACUGCUGUGUCAAGACUAGAAAGAAGGGAGCAGCUAAAAAAGUCGAACACCCUUCCAACUUCUGUGACAGUGGAAAUUUCAGAUUCUGUUCCGUCAGCCCCCCUGGCAAAGGAGGUGGCCAAGAGACUCUCUACGCCUGAUGCUAACCCUGUGUCAACAGAACCAGCCUGGCUUGCGUUAGCCAAGAGGAAAGCAAAAGCCUGGAGUGACUGUCCACAGAUCAUAAAGUAAACUGUAAAAUUACAUCUCUAUUGCUGACUAUUAAUUGCUUUCUUUUUAUUUAUUCAGCUUUUUACACGUGACAAAACUGAAAAUGCAUGUAUUGAAGGACUGAAAACUGAACUGAUUACCAUUUUGCUCUAGCUCACUGUAAAGUCAUAUAUUCCAUUGCUUUGACAAAUAGCUAAAUGAGGUCAC